UGUCUGUCCCCAUCAAACAGCCACCAUGAGCUGCAAUCGCAUGGUCCUCCUUGUCCUCGUGGCUGGACUUCUGGCAAUCUGGUCUGAACUGCUGAGUGUCUCUGGAGAAAUACCAGAAAGAUGCACCAAACCUGCAAAAACUGGAAUUUGCAGGGCAGCAUUUCCACGCUACUACUAUGAUACAGAGAUGAAGAAGUGUUUAACUUUUACCUAUGGUGGCUGUGGAGGCAACGAUAACAACUUUCCUAAGAUUGAGGACUGCCAAAAGGAGUGUGAACAGUCUGCUAAACGUUGACUCUUGCAAAGUCUUCUGCCAGUAACAUUGUCAGACCCAUUCCUAUGUCUUUGAGGUCAACAGUGGAACAAAAGGCACCAGGGAAUCCAUGAUCACUUUCAUUAAUUUUGAAGGAAUCUCUGCUGAAAUCUCCUGCAUGCUUUCCAAUAAACUCAUCUUUUCUUCUGCA